AUGCCUUACAACAGCGCCCAUCACUGCGUGGUGGAGGUAGAGAACUUCCUGCUGCUGCUGGGUGGAGAGGACCAGUGGAACCCCAACGGAAAGCACAGCACUAACUUUGUCAGCCGCUAUGAUCCCAGAUUCAACAGCUGGAUACAGUUGCCCCCCAUGCAGGAGAGGAGAGCCAGUUUCUUCGCCUGCCGCCUGGAGAAGCAUCUGUACGUGAUCGGUGGUAGGAAUGAGACGGGCUACCUGUCCAGCGUGGAGUCCUACAACCUGGAGACUAAUGAGUGGAACUACGUGUCAUCCCUGCCGCAGCCUCUGGCCGCCCAUGCAGGAGCGGUACAUAACGGCAAGAUCUACAUAUCAGGAGGAGUACACAAUGGGGAGUAUGUGUCCUGGCUAUAUUGUUAUGACCCCAUAAUGGAUGUGUGGGCCAGGAAACAGGAUAUGAACACAAAGCGAGCUAUUCAUGCCCUUGCGGGAAUGAACGACCGCCUGUACGCUAUUGGUGGAAACCAUUUGAAAGGUUUCUCUCAUCUGGACGUGAUGUUGGUCGAGUGUUAUGACCCGAAAGCCGACCAGUGGAACAUCCUGCAGACUCCCAUCCUGGAGGGUCGCAGUGGCCCGGGCUGUGCUGUUCUGGACGACAGCAUCUUCCUAGUAGGCGGAUACAGCUGGAGCAUGGGAGCCUAUAAGUCUUCCACCAUCUGCUACAGCCCAGAGAAAGGAACAUGGACAGAGUUGGAGGGAGAGGUGGCAGAGCCUUUAGCGGGCCCAGCCUGUUCCAACGUCAUUCUGCCCGCCUGCCUCCCUUUUAACAAAUGACAACUAAUCCAACCGACGGGCGGCGAGGGCAAGAAGCAGCAGAGAGACUGGGGGGACGACCAUCAAUAAGCAAAACAGUUGUCAACAAUUUCGUGACAAACCCUGCGGUCAGACGACGAGCGUGUGUAUAAAUUAUUUUUUUACAGGUUUGACCAGAGCACUUUCGUUAUUCCCUACUGAAGGUUUGAGAAAAAAAAAAAACAAAGAAGAAAAUUGUGUAACUCAUGUAUUUAAACUCAUCUGUGUUACGAGAAAAUUGUCAGUUUCAUAUUUGGUUUGAUUUAAACUGAUAGUAAGUGUUUUUUGGCUUCUCUUCUAUAGCACGCAUAGUGUUGAACUGAAUUAUAGCUUUCAGAUCCAUUGUAUCUUGUAUUCAGUAGACGCAUAAUUCCAGCAAAAUGCAGUGUUGCUUCACGGACUGACGCCGGGAAGAAGGUGAUUCGUCACUGGGUUACGUUAAACUAGAGCUGGGUGAGUUACAUUCAUUGUGAUGAUCAAACGUGUAUAAAUAUUCCUCAUAGCUCAUGUUAUUAGUCAUUUUUCUCUGGCUGGAUUGUGCACUUACCCUGUUGCAUCACAUGGUCGGAUCAUUAGACAACUGUUUUGUUGUCUUUCUCUGAAAAUGAGCAUUUUAGUGGUUAAAUUGGGACAUUUCCAGUAAACGGAACUAGCACCCCAAGCUAAUGUCCCGGGGUCCAAGCAACCAGGUGGAGGUUGUAAAAAAAACACAAUGAUCUUUACCACGAUGUGUCCGCAUCACCCAGCCCUAAUUUUUAACCAUUAAUGGUAAUAAUUUACGCCCAGGCUAAAGUCAUGUUUCUGUAAUAACUUGCUGAACAGAGAGUUUCCUUACAGGUCAUCUGCUUGACAGAAAAAAAAAAUGUUUGCCAAAUGUUUAUGGCAGCUAAUCUUCCUGCUGCGAGCAAAACAAUUUAAGAAUUUAACAUUGAUUCUUAAUGUUCAUAUGACGCACUAAUGUUAAUUAUACGAUGAUGGUACAAUCAAAUUGUAAUUGCUAGCCAGUGUAUUUAUGGGUAGCAUGUUUGGGUAAACAGAUGGUGAGGAUGUUUGUUUGGUUUGUUUCUCCUUUACAAGUGAAUGUUAACAGGUCUGUUUAUGAGGCCACACAGCGUUACCUUGAUGGGAUAUUAAUCUUUAAUGUACGAAAAGCAAACAAACAAACAUUAAGUGGUCUUUUUAAUGCACUAAAAGUGAACUUUUUGAUUCAGCAAACAAAGUUUCACUAAAAUGUAAAUGAAUUAAUGUGAUGUGUUUAAAGAAAAGAUAUCUUCAGUGCAAAUUAAUCUAAGUCCAGUCUAGUCUUUGUUAUUAGGUUCAAAAAGUUGACUCUAAAUAUCGAUGCAGUACCUGUCGAAUUCUGUACAGAUUUGCUGAUUUCAUUCUUGUACAUAAUCGCUUGCAGUGAAACAUUUUUGUGCACUUGACCUUGGAUUUAUUCUCAAAUCCUGUUAUGUCCUUU